GGCAGUCAUUCGAAAGACUCUAUCGGGCUCUCACCCUUCAAAUCUCAUUUUCGAGGUGGAAGUUGGCUGAGGUUAUAAGCCCUUCGUUGACCUUACCUUCAAGUGGUUAAUCACUUCGGUGGCUGCUAUUGCUUCGGACCAGUGGCAACAAGAGGAGAGUUUCGACAACAUUCCAUCAUCGUACAUCAUUGUUCUUCAAAGGGGUGUUCGAUUUGUGUUCCUUCUUCUUCUGAUCUCUGAUUCAGCAAUUCUCGCCAUAUACAGCCAUGCAGUCGCUCGGUGAGCCUGUUUUAUCGGCCGCUUUCGAAGCACAACUGAGACACCACUGGAACGUCGAGAGAGUCGGGUCUCUCUUGAAGAAACAUCUCGCUCGUGAACGAGCGCACUGGAAGCCGAGGAAGUACGCUACACAUACUUCGUCGGCCCUCCAAGAAGAGAUCAGCGGAGUUCAACGGGACUACACGGUGCGCUGGUUUUCGUCGAUUGCGAAUUUGUUCCAUCUUCCAAGCGAGGUCUUAUUCCUCGCGACAACGCUGCUAGACGAGUUCCUCCAACUCGUCCGCGUGAAACCGAGGUUUCUGCAAGUCAUCGCGUGCUCGUGUUUCUUCCUCGCUGCGAAAAUGAUUUUAGACAAUGAGGAGAUGCCUAGUCUAGCCUCGCUCAUACGAUGCGGUGGAUGCGAGUGCAGCGUUUCCGAAGUCAGACGUAUGGAAAAAGUUAUUCUGGAACGUUUCGGGUGGGAUCUGACCCGGGCUACACCGCUCGAUUUCCUCCACGCAUACCAUGCGUUGUUGGAAAACAACUGCGAAUCCGUCUUGGGACACGAAGGUCCUCGAAAAAUUGCCUCGCUGAAACAACUCUGGGAGUCGAAGCUACAAUUGCUUCUGGCACAGAACUCCGUUCUCGCAAAUGAGAAGCCAUCAAGCGUCGCAUUGGCCCUCGUUUCACUCGAAAUGGAAGGUCUUACGCCUCAUUGGCUGCUCAUCACGGUGGCUCUCCAGUCGCUGGUUGGCUCCGGGAAGCCCGAGAAUAUUAUCCGGUGCCGAGAAGAGCUGUCGCGUCACCUGCAGAUGUCUCGACGCCGACAGGCGAGUAAAAGGAAGAUGGAACCUGACGAAGAGGAGGAGGACUGCAUCUACGACUCGAUCAAGAAGCUCUACGCCGAGGAGAAUCACCAAUCAACGGGGCAAGCAACGAUCGAGGUCGUCUAAGAACCCACAUUCACGAAUAUUCAACUUAGCGUUCCCCGAAGAUCGCAAGCGUGGAGGAAAAUAGGCAAGGAAGAAGGCGUUCGGCCUCAUAAUUAGGUAGACAGAGACUUUCGAGUCGGGAGGGGACUGACUCGCAGCGAUAGCGGUCACGGGUCAUCCGUACUCUUCUGAUCAGUUCCUGACGUGAGCUUUGUCUCACUGCUAUCUUUAGAUUGUCGGCAUUCUCAAUUAAUUUAUCAUCACACCUCAACUUUCGCACCAAGCGGAUCCGAGGAGCCCUGGAUUGGUUCUUCGUCCGGAGCACCAAUCCAGUCCCAAAAUUCGCGAUCAAAUUUGCAUUCGAGAGACUCCAGAAUCCCCACGGAGGAGGCUUCCGCAAUGAAUCUUCGAUCACUGAGAAAAGGCCGUGAGUCGACCAAGCUCUAAUUAGCCUCGGGUGUAAACACCGCGCUGCGCACGUCGAGGGAAGCGAUCGACGUGUUGUCAUUCAUCGCGGAAAUCCGUGUACUUUGCUGUCUUUUUCGAAUUCCUCUUGCUGUUCAUCGGUCGCUUGAAGAAGUCUCCGAGGGUCCCCUAUCAAUGUCUUGCAAUCAUUGAUUGGGACUCAUCCGAUGAGUACUUUUCGGAUGGACAGCCGGCUAGAUCCCCGAUGAUCCCAGAAAACCAACGGGACAGCGACCGCAUUCUGCGGGGUGUCGGGAUUGAGCUCUGUUCGCGACCAGAUGCGACGGCGAGCCCUUCUCGGAACGUCGGCGAUCUCACACGAGAAUUUUCAGCUUCAGUUUCGGAGAACUCCUUCCCGGGGAGACUGGAGUCAGAUGAAGGUUCGGUUUUCGUACGCGUAGGUUUCCAUUCCCAGAGCUCUGGCUGCAACGUUCGCAACCCCAUUGUUUCAUCAACGUGAAGUGCGGGAGCCGGCGAAGCUCUCAUGGAAAUGUCCAGACCUUUUCAAUUCGGAAUCUCGAAAUGGAGUGAAUGUGGGCUCCGAGAAAUUCGAAGACUUUAGGAUCUCAUGGGGAGGUGAAUAAUAUUCGCUCUGGAGACCAAACAGAAAGCAAUAAUCGGAUGCAGAAGGUCUCUCCAGCCUCGACUCUGCGGGCGACACUAGGAGCUUGGCGGAGCCCGGGACCGACGUGGAUCCGCUAGCGUCCUCUGACUAUGGGAUAUGAAAUCGCCCGCGCGGAAGAGCAAUGAAGGAGCCAAGCUUAGAGAAAGGAGAGAUGUUCAUAAGAUGUACAAACCUAUCGAGCAGUGAGCACACCAGAGAGGAAAAUACUGAAAACUGCCAUAAAAAAAAUAAUAUAUGGAGAAAAUGUAAAAAAAAACUGCGUGUUCGAGAGUGUGAAAAAGCCUGGUCGAAAUGUAAAUAGUCAUGUACAUCGGAUAUUAAACUCGAAGUCAGCGAUGCAGCCGAAA